AUGGGAAACGGCGACAGUACCUUUACCUGCGAGGGGGCGGAGCUUCAGCCCACACUCACCUGGUGGGGGCGUGGCCACAGACAGAGUGGGCGGAACUACCGGAAGCCUCACCAACCAAUCAGGAGCCAGCGACAGACAUCAAAACAAAGCUUGGAUUCAAACUCGGGUCUCGUUGAGAGACUCGGCGAUCCGGAAGUUUCCAGCGUCAGAAACGGGAGUCUGAGUUCAGGAGAGAACGCAGAGAAGAGUGAGGUGGAUCUGAGCCACAGCUGGUGUCAGGACAGCGGCUUCGGGGAGAGUCCAGGAUCCUCCCCAGACCUGGUCCUGAAGGAGACCGAGACCAAGGACCUCAGCAAAACCAGGGUCCGGAAGUGGAGCGACUGGACCGGGAGUCUGAGGAUCAAGAAGAGGCGAGUCCAGCAGGAGCCAGACGUCAGCAUCUGGUUGUUAAACCCGGAUUUCCCUCAAAUCCCGACCCUGAACCAGACUCAGUCCAGGCAAGACCAACGCCUCAGCCUCUACCAGACCUUCAGGCCCGAUCUGGAGUCCAAGUCCACCUCCACCAGGACCUCCUCAGACCGAGACUCUGUACCUGGAAUAGACCAGGACCAGGGACUAGACCGGGACCAUGGACAAGACUGGGACCAGGGACUGGACCGAGCUGUGGUCCGCAGAGCCGGCUGGAUCUGGAUUAAACCUCUGAUCAAACUGAACAAGGACCAACUGGAACUGGUGCCAUGGAGGAAGUGGAAGAAAUACUGGGUCACGCUGAGAGGCUGUUGGCUUCAGUUCUUCAAGUGCCCCACUCUGGACCAGGACUCGGAGCAGGACUUGGAUCCUUCUGUGGGAGUAAGGACUCUGCUUGGAGAGGGGGACCAUGUGGGUCCAGUCCUGGAGCUCAGGGUGUGGGACAGUCUGGUCCAGCCGGUACCAGAACACCCCACCAAAGAGCAUGUGUUCUGUGUUAGCAACGCACUGGGACAGGUCUAUCUGCUGCAGGCCGGGUCUCAGUCGGACCUCGAGGCCUGGAUCACCGCGGUCCACUCGGUUGCUGCCGCGACAGCCUCCAGACGCAGCGGUCACCGUGGCGACACCCUGGACUUCCUGCGCGAGCGUGUUCACUUCCUGUCGCAGAAGACGGAGGAGGAGCAGAGGGUGAAGAAGAUGGCCGCCCUCCAACUCAGCCUCAUCACAGAAGAAGAGACCAGGAGGAGAGUCCAGCACCAGGACCUCUCCCCAUUCCUUCUCUUCCCUCUAUCCCUCUCUUUCUCUUUCCUCUCCUCCUUCCUUCUAUCCCUCUCUUUCUCUUUCCUCUCCUCCUUCCUUCUAUCCCUCUCUUUCCUCUCCUUCCUUCUAUCCCUCUCUUUCUCUCCCCUCUCUUCCUUCCUCCUCUUCCCUCUCUUUCUUUCCCCCUUCCUGCUCUUCCCUCUCCUCCUUCCUCCUCUCCCCUCUCUUCCGUCCUUCUAUCCCUCUCUUUCUCUCCCCCUUCCUGCUCUUCCCUCUCCUCCUCUCUUCCUUCCUUCUAUCCCCUCUCCUCCUUCCUCCUCUUCCUCUCCCCUCUCUUUCGCUCCCCCUUCCUGCUCUUCCCUCUCUUCCUUCCUCCUCUUCCCUCUCAUUCUCUCCCCUCUCCUCCUUCCUCCUCUCCCCUCUCUUCCUUCCUCCUCUUCCCUCUCCUCCCUCUCUUUCUCUCCCCUCUCCUCCUUCCUCCUCUUCCCUCUCCUCCUCCUUCCUUCUCUUCCCUCUCCUCCCUCUCUUUCUCUUCCCUCUCCUCCUUCCUCCUCCUUCCUUCUAUCCCUCUCCUCCUUCCUUCUCUUCCCUCUCCUCCUCCUUCCUUCUCCUCCCUCUCUUCCUUCCUUCUAUCCCUCUCCUUCUAUCCCUCUCCUCCCUCCCUCUCCUCCUCUCCCCCUCUCCCCGUUAAGCCUCAGCCACAGAAUUGGGCACUGGGCGAUUAGCCGCUGGGAGCAGAGCGUGGAGAGCCUCAGUCUGGACCUGUUCAGGUUCAGGUCGUACCUCUGCAGUCUUCAGGGUCUGGAGCUGCCCAACCCCAAGAACCCUCUGUGCUCCGCCUCCCGCGCCUCCAAGAGCAUGCUGGGAAAAAUGGGGCUGUUCAACGUCUCAACCCUGCACGCACUGGUGUGCAGCAGAGACCAGGCCACCCUGAGACGGCAUGGCCACACUCUGAUUGGUCAGAGCCGGGAGAGGCGAAGUCUGAUUGGACGCAGCAUCAGAAGGAGGCGGAGCUUCAAGUCUGCAGUGAAAUCUACACAAAAUCAAAGCGAAGAGGAUCCGGCUGUUACAACUGCGGCGGUUGAAGAAGAGAAACAAGAAGAGUUGACUUUACAGCUCAGUCGAACCAGUUCUAAUCUUGACUACGGCUUUGCUGUGAUUGGUCAGGUCGACAAAGAGGGGCGGAGCCACAUCUACAUCAGUCAAGUGGAUCCAAACGGACUGUCAGCCAAUCAAGGUCUGGCAGUAGGAGACCAGGUUCUCUCGGUGAAUGGAGCAUCUGUCUCUCGUCUCGAUCUCGACUUAAUCCCGAGCGUCUUCAGCCACAGGACGCUGCUGCUGUUCCUACGGCGACGCAAUGCCUCACCAGACCCGCCAGCCAAUCAGGAGAUAGCAACCCCAUCACAUGACCUCAGAGAUACAGAUUCUUGGACCCAAGAUUCAAAGGAUCCUUUGAAUAUGGAAGCUGAACAGUCCUCAGAUCGGGUCAACUCCUUGUACCAGAUCUUCCCAGAAUGUCGAGCGGCCGACGCGGAGGUAGCGCCGUACAGGGAGGCGGAGCUUCAUACGCCAGGCCCCGCCCACCUCAGCGUGUGUCAGCGAAUCAGGAAGGUUCUGGAAGAGCUGCUGGAGACGGAGAAAUCCUACGUGAAGGACCUGUCUCUCCUCUUCGACUUGUACCUCACGCCACUGCAACACCAGUCCUUCCUCUCACAACACGAGAUGGAGGCGCUGUUUGGCAGUUUACCGGCCAUGUUGGACUUUCAGAGAGUCUUUCUACAGACGCUGGAGCAGGAGAUAGACCUGAGACCAGACCUGAGCAGACCAGAGACCAGGAAGCUGCUUUUCUCGUUGGGAGGAUCGUUCCUGUAUUACGCUGAUCAUUUCAAACUUUACAGCGGCUUCUGCUCAAACCACCUGAGAGUCCAGAAAGUUCUGAGCCGAGCAAAAACAGACGCAGCUUUCAAACACUUCCUGGAUACGAGGAAUCCGACCAAUCAGCACUCAGCGUCUCUGGAGUCAUUCCUGAUCAAGCCAGUUCAAAGAGUCCUGAAGUAUCCACUGCUGCUGAGAGAACUGGUCUGUCUGACCGAGGAGAAGACACCAGAACGCACACACCUAACAGAGGCGCUGAGGUCCAUGCAGAAGGUCGCCUGCCACAUCAACGAGAUGCAGAAGAUCUACGAGGAGUUUGGAUCUGUGUUCGAGAGACUGACGGCACAGAGCAGCGCCCCCUAUGGACAGGUUGCAGAUCUGUCCAUGGGAGACUUCCUGCUGCGUUCCUCUGCGCUCUGGUUAAACCCUGCUCCGAGUUUGGGCCGAAUGAGGAAAGAUCCACAACUUGACAUUUUUGUUUUCAAACAGGCCGUGAUCCUUGUCUUCAAAGACCCCAAAGUCAAGAAGCGUCUGGUGACCCGCUCAGACUUGGAUCCCGUCAGGUUCAAAUGGAUCAUCCCAGCGUCUGCAGCUCACAUCAGAGACAGCAUCACAGACUCAGACCUGGAUCUCGUUCACUCGGAUGUGGACCUGGAGACAGUCUUCAGUCUCAGCUUCAGUGACGCUGAGGGCAAGUCGCUCCUUCAGCAGGCUCUGGGCUCCUUCAUCAGCCAUGACCCUCCUCCUCCACACCCUCCUCCCCUCAACUCCACACCUUCAUACCGCCUCCAGGAGGACCAGCUGGAGGACCAGCUUCAGCGGCUACACGUGGGCGAGGAGGGGCGGUGCCUGAAGCAGUGGAGGCGGAGCUUGGUGGAGAUGGGCGGGGCUUUGGACCGGGACUUCAGCGUCCAGAGUCUGACGUCCAUCAUCAACGAGGACUGUUUCUACAACUCCCUCCGCAGACGGAAGCCCAGGUCCUCAGUCCUGCAGUAG